UGGUUCCUUGAUGUAGAGCCACGUGGGACAUGAAGAUUGGCACCUCCAGACCGAGCAGUUUUAGUACUACAGUUAAAACUCUACAUCAGGAAGAAGAUGUUGACUCAUACAUCAACUAGUUGUACUGCGAAUCCGGUGAUGUCCCAUCCUGGGACGGCGCUUCCCAUGAUGACCAAUGCUAGUACGUUUCCGGUGAUCAAGAAUCUUGGUCGAGGUGCCUUUGGACAAGUAGACCUCAUCAGCAGUGGGAAAAGGCAGGUACAACUAGACGAUUUUGGGAAUUGAGACGACUCUGCUAGUACUUAUACAUUCUUGAAGAAGUACGAUAGCAAUACUCGAUUUAUGAUGAUACCGAAGCAGUCAGCUACGUGUAACAAAAAAACAACUCUAUGAUGGAAAAAGAUUACCCUCCCCUUCUUAAUUCGCUACAACAGUAUGCAUUAAAGCAGUACCAUUUCGAGGACUUGCAGAGCGCAAAACAUCGAGAUCUGGCACUAGAGGAAGGUCGCGUCCUGCAGCGCAUAUCCCAUCCGAACAUAGUCCGUUGUUAUUGGGUGCAGGUCACGAAGUUUAAGAACUGUUUUUUAGUAUCACACUAGGUCCGUCUGAUUAAUGGGGUUAGAAGGAUCACACUUCGGUUUUUGAGAAGAUGAUACCAAUGACGCUAGAGCUGCAUCUUCGUCCACCUGUACCUUGAUUGAAGGGUAAAUUAUACGUCAGUGUGUAAAAUAAAAUUGUCAAUCGGUUGUGCUGCAAAUCUUGAUUGGCUUCUUCCCUUUUUAUAGGGUCGAGGUUUAGGUCCAGCGGCGCUCAAAGCACUAAAAAAUGCAACCGGUUAGUUUUUACCUCUAAACCUUAGGCUUAUCCCAUGAAGCAAAAUAAAAAUGUCAAUCGGUUUUCUUGCUCUGCAUUAGCUGAAGAUACAAGAAGGCUGAUAGGGCCUCCCUCCGUUCUAAGAAGCACACGAUCUACCUGUUGUUGCAGUACAUCGAUGGGGGAGACCUGCAUCACUUCAUCGCGCAACGGAGGGAGAAACGAGAUCAGCAUCUUUUUCAUCCUUCUAUAAGCGGAAUCUACAACUCUGGAGAGACGCUACCAUCAGCCAGAGGUGGAUCUGCCAGUGCGAGCUCAUCGUCAGCGAGUACCUACAAGGAGGACCAAGGCCAAUUCAAUUUAUGACCUCUCAUUUUACGCAAUUGAGCACAGAACCGUCAUUCAAGUAGCCGACUAGUCUUUCUUUUCUAUGGUCCCCUAAAUCUGCUUCCGACUUCAUGAAUGAUAGGGUUAGUAGUACUCUCACCUAUUUUCUAUGGUGGGGAUUGAGAGAUUACUUAGUCCUCGGAACAUAAUAAAUAUCCGCAAAAAUGUGGUUUGAGUACUAAGGAAAGGCUUCUUUCUAGCCUGUUAUUUUUUCUUCUUGUCCUUGUGAAGACGAAGACAGAAGUCAAUACUUCAUUUCAAUUUCUAAUGCCUGCGCGAACGAUCUUCAUGUGGUUUCGACAGUUGCUGGAAGCGCUAGCGCACAUCCAUUCGCUCAGCAUUCUUCAUAGAGACAUCAAGCCAUCGAAUAUACUGCUCAGCAGCGACUUUUAUGCUCCAAGGUUUUUAGUUUCUGAUGCUCGGAGUCGGACUCAUAUGAGAAUGUCAAUAUAUUCCUGUGCCAGCAGAAGUCGCUGAAUUUCUAAUAGCGACAACGGCAAUUGCCGCUGGUUUUCUAAUGCUGGCAUCGUUCUUUACUUUCUUUGACGGUUUCAACAUAGCAGCAAGGACAAUUUCAAUUGAUUAGUCUAAAUCUAUCAACUCUAAGUGGUCCGUCUGAUUGUUGAAGAAGAACAAAAAUGUUUCUUAUUACCACUAGAACUAGGGACAAAAGACUUUUCAAUCUAGUGUCUCACAGGAAAAGUUGCCUCCUCGCUCUAAUCACAGCAGCGUGUUUACCUGGCAGACUUUGGGGUAUGUCGAGUACUAAGAAGAAAAGGUGGGAUGGCGUGUACCAAUGUUGGGAGCCCUGUUUAUGCCGCACCAGAAGUGUGGAGCGGCAAGAGCUAUACAAACAAGGUAGAUAUCUUCAGUCUUGGCUGCUGUAUGUAUGAGGUGAGCACACUGAAGGCGCCUUUUGACGGAC